GCGACCGCAGCAGCUCGGCGUCGUAGAUCUCACCACUCACCUCGCGAGACCUCGGAGACCGGACUGGGGUUGGGGAAGAAGCAGCAGCGCCAAAACCCUACUGCGCCCUCGAGCUCGUGCGCUGCCGCCUUCAGAUCUCGCUCCGAUCCAGAUCUGGUGUCGCAGAUGGCGAGCACGGGGCGGUCGAUGCUGCUGUCGCUGCUGCUGUUCGCGGUGACGCUGUCGCUGCUGGAGAUGUACCGGGGCUGGUUCGCCUCGUCGGAGCUCAAGACCAUCGCCGGCGGAUUCGUCAGCUCCCUCCUCUUCCUCCUCCUCCUCACCUUUAUUGGGAAUUACCAAGAAACAAGUGGCGUCAGAACUGGGUGGGGUGCAGUUGUUGUAGCAGAACUUGUUGCUCUUAUUGUAGCUGGUACUGUCCACCGCGUUUGUAUCACAACAUGCUUCCUAUUCUCUGCGGGGAUCCUCUACGAGGUUGACAAGCUCUCCGGGAUGAUCCUUGCGAGGAGCGAGUCCAAAGCGAGGCGGUACUAAGGAUACAUUGUUAUCUCCAGGAUGACCCUGUUUUGUAGAUUGAAUGAAAAACUAAUAUCCACACCUUCCAUCAGACUUCCCUACCCAAUUACUAGCUUUCUUUUUGUAAGGCAUAUAUAGAAUUUGUUUGAACUCCGGGUACUCGUCGCCGCCGCCGUGUCUGCUGAGGCGUCACGUGUUGGUUUUGAUCUAAUCGGAGUUGUUGUUGACCAGGUAA